AUGUCCGGAAAAGACGUGACUAUCGGCCGUCACGACGACUUUGUCGGGACCGACUCGAACAAAUACCGCAUCCCUGGCGCAGAAAUGGCGACGUCGGGCCACCACUUUAUCGCGAUCAACCCCGGAGGUGCGUCCACCACCAGACCUUCAAGCUCGUCGGCGACGAUUCUAACAUCCGUACGCCGCCCACCGCAGAGCCGCAACAACGGCAAUCCGACUCUGCGCGGGCGCAAGAGCAGACCUCGCCCCGCGAGAAGACCGCUUCCGUCCGAGAUCCUCGCCGAGCGCGCCGCGCACCCGCGCGCGCCGUCGCCCCCGCGGCACCUCCACGAGGCGCAGGAGCCGCUCACGCCCGCGCCCGACUCGCGAACGGUCGUCGACUCGGACCCGUUCGCGGAGCGCACCUGGGCGUCGGACACGCUUGGGGGCGCGACGAGCGCGGACGUGCACCGCGGGCUGGGGCGCCCCGGCGGAGGGAUGAGCAGCAAGGAGGCGCGGCACGACGGGAAGGCGCAUCGGGCGCGAGAGCGACAGGGCUUGGAGCAGUACGGGCGGGGGGAGCAUGCGUUGCCGCGGGAUGAGGACGACGAGGAGUGA